AGAAAUAUCUUUCACAAUUUCCCGCCCAAAGAGCUCCCCGUCCUUCGAGUUCGCUUCGACAUUCUCUCUCCGCUGGUAAUUUCUCCGCAGUCAUCCAUGGAGUCCAUGGAAAUGGAGGAGAACCCUAGCCCUCACGAGAAAUCAAUGGCAGCAUUUCUGAUACGCUUCUGCUCGGAUCAGCUUCGCAUCAUCACUCUCUCUCCCGACUCCGAUCUCCACUACCCUCUCUACAUCGAAUUUGCAGAGCUUGUGGAUUACGAUCCUCCUCUUGCCCACCUCGUGUUCUCUCAGCCUAGUCAAUACUUGAAGGAUUUUGACGACGCGGCUAUUUGGGCUCACAGAGUUUUAUUGGGGAACUUGAGAGAAAACAAAGAUGGAGUGGAGAAGAAUUUCAUUCACAUCCGGAUCAAUAUCAGUGGAUCUCCACUUGAAUGCCCUGAGACUUUUCCAAGCAUUGGGCAUGUGAGAGUGAAGCAUCGAGGUAUUCUUCUUACCCUAAAGGGGACUGUAAUAAGGUCUGGAGCUGUAAAGAUGUAUGAAGGGAAGAGGUGGUAUAAAUGCCGAAGAUGUAAUCACAGCUUCCCAGUGUAUCCUGAGCUGGAAGCAAGAAACUCCAUAGUUCUGCCGUCCAUUUGCCCAUCUCAGGGGUCUAAAAGUUGUGAAGGCACAAAUUUCCAAUUUGUGGAGAACAGCAUAACUUGCCAAGAUUAUCAGGAAAUAAAAAUUCAAGAGAGCACACAAUUGUUGGGUGUUGGGGCCAUCCCUCGUUCAAUUCCUGUUAUUUUGCAGGAUGAUCUGGUUGACAUCGUCAAAGCUGGAGAUGAUAUAAUCGUCACUGGAAUCUUGACUGCGAAGUGGUCUCCUGAUCUGAAGGAUGUGCGCUGUGAUCUUGAGCCAGUACUAGUUGCCAAUCACGUGAGGAGAACCAAUGAACUGAAGUCAGCGGUCAAUAUUCCUGAUGAUGUCAUCAUGAAAUUUAGGAAUUUCUGGAAUUGCUUCAAGGAUACACCACUGAAAGGGAGAAAUGCUAUCAUGCGUGGUGUUUGUCCUCAAGUUUUUGGACUCUUCACAGUGAAACUUGCAGUUGCUUUAACGCUCAUUGGAGGUGUUCAGCAUGUUGAUGCUUCGGGAACAAAGAUUCGAGGAGAGUCUCAUUUGCUUCUGGUUGGGGAUGCAGGUACUGGAAAAUCCCAGUUCUUGAAAUUUGCUGCAAAAUUGAGUAAUAGAUCAGUCAUAACUACUGGCUUGGGGAGCACAAGUGCUGGAUUGACUGUAACUGCAGUUAAAGAUGGAGGUGAAUGGAUGCUUGAAGCUGGGGCUCUUGUUUUGGCAGACGGAGGACUUUGUUGCAUUGACGAGUUUGACGGCAUGAGGGAGCAUGACAGGGCUACCAUACACGAGGCUAUGGAACAGCAGACAAUUAGUGUUGCUAAGGCUGGCCUUGUAACGACUCUUAGCACCAAAACAAUCGUAUUUGGUGCAACAAAUCCAAAGGGACAGUAUGAUCCUGAGCAACCUUUGUCUGUCAAUACAACACUGUCUGGUCCCUUACUUAGUAGAUUUGACAUAGUUCUGGUGCUUCUGGAUACAAAAAAUCCGGAAUGGGAUGCAGUUGUUUCUUCUCACAUUCUUAGUGAGGGAGUGUCAGAUAACGGUGGUCGUGAUGAAGAUCUAGCAAAUAUGUGGCCUCUUGAAAUGUUGAGGAGGUACAUUCACUUUGUAAAGUCUUACUUUAGACCAGUCCUCACUAAGGAAGCUGAAAUAAUAAUAUCAAGCUAUUAUCAACUUCAACGAAGAUCUUCAACUCAUAAUGCUGCAAGGACAACUGUGCGCAUGUUGGAAAGUUUGAUUCGCCUAGCUCAAGCACAUGCAAGACUAAUGUUCAGAAAUGAAGUUACACGUCUGGAUGCUAUCACAGCCAUUUUGUGUGUCGAAUCCUCCAUGACUACAUCAGCAAUUGUAGACAGUGUCGGAAAUGCCCUUCACUCAAAUUUUAAUGAAAAUCCCGAUCAUGAAUAUUGCAGGCAAGAAACUUUGAUACUUAAAAAGUUAAGUACAGUGGAAGACUUUUCUGCUUUGAACCUCUUGGAAGUGUUGUGAGGAUCAGAAUACUUGAAGAGCAGAAAGUUUGCAGCCUGUUCCAGGUACCAAAUUCUCAGUGUCUGUCGUUCUAUUAUGAGUUGAGGGCAGAGCUGUAGAAUUGCUUUUGCUGGAAAGAAGUGCCCUGCAAAUCUUCGCCUCCUUAUCUUCUUAAAGACAGGGAAGGUAAUACAAAGUGUUUGACGCUGAUGUGGAAUGUAAAUCAUUUGUUUGUAGUUGUCUUCCUUAUUAUCUUUCUUAGGGUUCAUACAAAGUUUUAUGAGCUGAGGUUGUUAGUAUUAC